UCCGCGACUUUGGGCUUGUUUUUUUGUCAAGUCGCGUUAAAAAAUCAUGAGUCGCGUGUUGCGUUUUUUUGGGCUUAUUUAAAAAUUAUUUAUUGCUUGUUAGGAAAAUCUGACAAGCAACUUCGUUUCUUUACAUUUAUGGUCACAGUUUUACUCGCAUGCAUUGAUUGACACAGCUAAUAGCCAAUCAGUGCAGUAAUAUAAAUUCUGUAGCGUAAUUCGUCAAAACAUUGACGAACAUCCCCCUCUUCCCUGAUUGGAGAAAAUUCAACGUGCACUGCAGCCAGGCGCGUGACGUUGUAAUCUAAGCGAUUACAGUUAGAUGGACACAAGACAUGUAAAUUUUAGCAAACAAUGCCACCAACAAAGUGGUCCAAGUAUGGAAAAAAAUACAACAAAGACUGGGAAAAGGAUGCACAACUUAGAGACUGGAUAUGUCAAGUGCUCGGUGAUCAAAGCAAAGCGAUGUGCAGGUACUGUAAAACGGAGAUUCGUGCUCACCAUGGAGACCUCCUACAACAUGCAAAGACAGACAAACAUAAGAGGAAUGCCAAACCAUUUUCCUCAACACGUCUAACAGAUAUCGGGUUUACAGUGUCAAAACCUUCUACUACAAAUCAAAAGGCUGAGCUUCAGCUAGAAAGCUAUAUUGCUUGCCACACAGCAGUCAGUUCAGUUGAUCACUUGGGUGAAUUAGUAAAUUCGGCCUUUGAAACGGAUUUGAGCAUCCAUCGUACAAAAUGUACAGCACUUAUCAACAAUGUAAUAGCCCCCUGCAUGUUCAAUGACUUGAUGAAAGAUAUCGGAGAGACUCAGUAUUCACUGGUAAUCGAUGAGAGCACAGAUGUCGCUUCGGUAAAGCAGCUGUGUAUGGUAGUGCGUUACUUCAGUGUCUCACUGAACAAAAUUGUUUCAACAUUUUUGGGCUUAGUGGAUAUGCAGGGAGAGACGGCAGAAGCAAUCGUGACGACACUGACUCAGUUUCUAGACAGUGUCGGUCUUGAUUUCAAAAAGUGCGUAGGAAUCGGAACUGAUGGCUGUAGUGUAAUGGUUGGACGGAAAAACUCAGUUUAUACUCACCUUCUCAAAAAGAAUGAGAAACUACAACUGCUUAAGUGCGUGUGUCAUUCGAUUCAACUUUGUGCCAGCAAAGCCGUUGAAACACUGCCUCGCAAUCUCGAGUUUUUAAUUUCACAUUCGCACAACUGGUUUUCUCACAGUGCUCUGAGGCGCAGAGAAUAUUCCAAAAUUUACCAAUUAAUCAACCCCGGUGAAACGCCACUUAUGCUAGUGCAGCUUUCAGGCACUAGAUGGCUCUCCAUAUAUGAUUGCUGUGUUCGUGUACUAAAGCAAUGGGACGAGCUGAAGUUACAUUUCCAGCUGUGCAAAGACGCAAAACGGUGCUAUGAUGCAGAAGUGCUCUACCAGAUGUACUGCGAUCCCUUGAACAAACUGUACCUGAAGUUUCUUAUGCCUAUUUUACACAAGUUUUCUAGAGUCAACAAAUUGUUCCAACUCGAAAAUGGGAAUGCAUUUAAAAUGCUGGACUGCCUACAGUCAUUUUUUCGUACACUUAUCUCAAGAGUAAUUACACCUUGCGCCAUUCCUCCUUCUGAUUCCAAACUCCUUGAUGUCAAUUUGAAUGACACAGCCAAUCAUCUGCCCCUGUGUGCAGUUAAUUUCGGCGUGCAGUUUACUAUUGUUCUUGGAGAAGCAAAGCUCGACAGCACUGCCGAAACAAAUAUGAAGAACAGAUGCCGUGAUUUCCUUCUGGAAGCAGCAAAGCAGGUGCAGAAUAGGCUGCCAGCAAAUAUCAAUACCUGGAAAUCCAUGGCAUCAUUCAGCCCAUCCGUGAUCCUGUCACAGAACAAACCACAGUUAGCCACAGUAUCCAUGCUGAAGAUGUACGUUGGUGAUCUCGGGGCCCUGGAUGCACAGUAUCAGGCAAUCAACUUCCAGGAGUGGAAAACAAAAGAUGACUGUCAAGCAGAACAGUUCUGGGCUGAAGUUCUGAACUACAAGGACAGCAGUGGAGAGCAGUGUUUUAAAGAUCUGGCCCUGUUUGCACUGUCCCUUCUUGCGAUGCCUUUGAGCAAUGCCGACGUUGAAAGGGUUUUUUCACAAAUGAACCAUGUAAAAUCUAAACUGAGGCACAGAAUGGGCCAGAAGACUCUCAGUAGCAUAUUGUGCAUUCGCUACGGCCUAAGAAGACUCGGGAUUUGCUGCAAGGACUUUGUCCCAAGCCAGGAGAUGUUGCAGCGCUUCAGUGUUGGGAUGUACAGAGAUGGAGAGGAGACAGGGGAGAAGAUAGAUGGUGCAGGGGAGGAGAGGGAUGACUUUUUUUUAUAAGGUGAUCGAAGAUGAGUGGAUAGUGCGUGCCCUCACGCUUUGUUGCAGUUUGCUGAUUUUUGCUAAAUAAUUUCUGCUC